AUGAAAGAAAAAAUAAAUAAAUGGCUUAUUUUUUCAGCAAGAUUUUUUUUUCUUUUAUUCCAUGUUUUCUACUGGAAAUAUCCUUUCGAGCCAUCCACUUUCGAUAAAUGGUAUGCCAGGUACGGAUUUAAUAAUUUUCUAGGGCUGAAGACUAGGAGACUGCUAAUGGGAGAACUUGGAGUAAAAGUACAGGAUCAAGGGAAAAUGUUGAAUGAAAAAGAAGUUAAUACAUUGGUUUCAGAUGAUAAUAUGAUUAGAAAUAGAUUAAAGAGUUUAAUUAUAGACGGUAGAUAUAAGGAGAUAUCUGAUUCUACAUUACUCAAUGAAUAUUAUGGAAAUUCGCAAGUUGAUUUAACGAAAUAUUCCAAAUUAGAAAAAAGCAUUGAUUCAUUAAAAAGAGAAAAAAAAUUAAAAAAAAAUUUAAUUGUAGGGAACUAUGUUGAUUAUACAGGUUCUUUAGAUGCCGUAAGUAAUAAUGAUUAUUCUAGACAUUCACUAAACGUA